AUGAACUUACUAACUCUUCUUCUCGUCUUUGUUGCUCUCUUGACUGUAACUGUGGUUGAGGCCGGAGACCCAGAUCUUGGUGGAAUCUUCAGUGGAAUCGGAGGUAUGCUCGGAUCGAUCGGUGGAUUGGCUGGAGCCGGUGGCGGAAAGAAGAAGUAA